AUGGUCCCGAUACCUAAAGGUGCUGUCAAAGCCUUACGCGGAGCCUUCUUGAAUGCUGCCAAUUUGGCUGGUAUCGAAUUGGUCGCAAUAGAUGAAAAUGAGCAGCUAACCGAUCUAGUAAACGAGGGAUGUCCGUAUUUUUUCGUCGAGUUGCCAGAUGGUUCACGGCUGUUCACGCGGCAGAUGAAGAAUUUCCCAUUACAAUUUGCUAGAGAGGUGCUAGCAAGUCGGCCUAUUCUCGACUGUGAGGCGAAGACAGAUUGGAGAACGUGUGUGCUUAGCAAAGAAGAAGAGGCAAAACUCGCGAAAGAACUGCAAGCUCGGUUCAAACCAUUUGAUUUCACUAACGCAGAUGAUAGCGAUUAG